AUGUAUAGGUCAUUAGGGAAAAAGACAAUUGAAGCAUUUCGCAUUGUUUCACAUAACAUUCUCAAACAUGGAAUCACACCAACAAGUUUAAUUGAAGAAAGCAUGAAGAACAAUAUUGAAAUGCUUAUCACAAAUGCAGAAAGAUGUAAUGCAGAAGGAGAUGAUAAAGAAAUAAUUAAGAUAAGAGAAGUUAUUGAAGGAUUAAUAGAAACAAUGAAAAGUCCAAUCACAGAAGUUAAAGAAAGUGCAGCACGAGAAGUGAUUAGAAUGAAAUAUGGAGAACGAGGAAUGAAAGAAGCUAUAUUUAAUGUUUUAACAUCAAAAGAUUACAAUAAAGAAGAUGAAGAAAUGUGUAAUGAAGGAAUUAAAGAAUGUGUUAAAGAAAGAAGUGGAAAAGAAAUAGAUAAAAUAGUUAAAGCAGCAUUCACAGUUAAUAAUAAGAAAAUAUUACGGAGAUUAAAUGAAAAUGAAACAGCACGUGAUGCGUUAAUGACAAUGGUUAUUAUCCAAAAAGGAGAUGUAUGGAAUGAGAUAGAAAGAUGGAUACGAAAAGGAUUAGAACGAGAAAGUAUUGAGAAAACAGUUAAAAAUUCACAAAACAAAUGUAUGAAAUGGAUAUAA